GGGGCGGGGCUACUGGCGGGCCGUUCCCGGCGUGCUCUGCGGCGCGGCCCGGCCCAGGCCCCCCCGCACCGCCAUGGGCUCCGAGGCCGCCCGGCUGCUGGAGGCCGCCGACUUCGCAGCCCGGAAGCACAAGCAACAGCGGCGGAAGGACCCCGAGGGGACCCCGUACAUCAACCACCCCAUCGGUGUGGCCAGGAUCCUGUCUCGGGAGGCUGGAGUCACGGACAUUGUGGUGCUGCAGGCUGCUCUGCUCCAUGACACGGUGGAGGACACGGACACCACCUUCUCCGAGAUCGAGGAACAGUUUGGGGGGGAGGUGCGGCGGAUUGUGGAGGAGGUGACAGACGACAAGAUGUUGCCCAAGAUGGAGCGGAAGCGCCUGCAGAUAGAGCGCGCGCCCCACAGCAGCCGGGGAGCCAGGCUGGUCAAGCUGGCAGACAAGCUGUACAACCUGCGGGACCUGAACCGCAGCACGCCGGCAGGCUGGUCUGAGCAGCGGGUCCAGGAGUAUUUCCUCUGGGCCUCACAGGUGGUGAAGGGUCUGCGUGAGACCAGCCCAGCGCUGGAGGAGAAGUUGCAGCAACUGUUCAGGGAGCGAGGGCUACCUGAGUGACUGUGCGUGAUGCCUGCCACCUGCCAGCAAAUGCUGCUAAGGCUUUCAGUUCAACCACUGAUGUUAACUACUGACUCCCACAGCAAGACUUCCACAGGCCAAUUGCCAACUGCAGGGCUCCCUCAGCCCCUGCCUGGAUCAGACGAGCAAUCCAGUGAUAUUUGCAUGGACUCCUCUUACAAACCCAUUUAUUCAGGCACUCCUGCCCCCUGGGCAAGGGAGGGUACAGAGAUGGGGGGCCAGAUAAACGGCAGCACAGAAUGGGACAGGGGAUUGAAGCCCAAGCAGUCACCAGCUACAGAAUACCCACACUCUCCUGGGGGGCAGAAGCCGCUCUCAUUUCCACUGCUUCUCUUCUUCUCCUCCUGCCUCCAGCCCUGAACCUUCCUCUCCAGAGGGAGCAGGGCAUAUGCUCCUCCCAAAGACCCUCAUAAACCUCUCCCUGUGGAUCAGCUGAGGAGUGGGAGCAGAGGUAGACAGACCCUUCCCCUCAGCUGGUGUUUCCUGUCCCUAGUACAGGUGGGGUGAGGGCCCGAAGGCUCUGCGGGGGGUCAUAGCCUAACUGGGGGUCAGAGUCUAGGCUCUGAGUGCAGCCUGCCCAGCUUGGGGACCCAGCCCAGUGACUGUCUCUAAAUAAAAGCCGAGUGCCAUGA